AUGAAGUUUGUGCUGUUCCGACAUGGGCAUUCCCUUGCCAAUCAGGAAUCGCGGAUCGUCUCAUCGCUCGAGAAUGGGACUCGUACCGAUGGAGGGCCCGAGGGGACGGGGUUCGGACUCUCUUCCAAAGGACGCCUUGAAGUCGCCGAGACGGCGACGACGUUAGCUGAUCACAUCAUCACAACCUCAACCCAAACCCAAAACCGCGCAAGGGUCCGGAUCCUGACAUCCCCUUUCCAACGAACCCUCAACACCGCUUCCAUCAUCAAAUCCCAAUUCCGCACUUCCUUCUCCCCUCUCCAAGACACUAUUACCCUGGAGCUCGGUCUGACCAUCACCCAGGACCUGCGAGAACGCUUCUUUGGUGAGUUCGAGAUGCGGACACCCUCGGAGGAUUUGUAUAAUCAGGUUUGGGCCGCGGAUGCUCAGAACCCGUUCCAUGAGCUGUUUGGAGUCGAGAGUGUUGUGGAUGUGACAAGACGUGUUACGGGUGUGAUUCGGAGCCAGGAGGAGCGCGGGGAGGAGCAACAGGAGCAACAGGAGCAACAGGGACAACAGGAACAACAGGAGCAACAGGAAGGAGAGGAGGUGUGGGUGGUGUUGGUGAGUCAUGGGGACUCGUUACAGAUCUUGCAGACGGCGAUGAGGGGGUGGAGUGGGGAUCGGCAUCGGCAGUUGGACCAUUUAGAGACUGCGAAUUGGAGAGUUGUUGAAUGGUGUCCGGAACUGCAGGCUGCUCAUCAGUCUCAUUCUUCUCGUUCUUAG